UGUUAUGACUGAUGCUCAAAAGACUUUUUUCACUCUCUAGCCGUCAAUUAUAGUCUAAAUAAUUAGUAAUAAAAUAUUUUUAUUAUUGUUAAUAUUAUUAGAGACGUAGAAAAAAAAACAAUAACCCUCGAGCUGUCAACAACUAACUCCAAAAGCUUUAAAAAUUUAGUCAACGAUUUUGUUUAAGUUUUCAAGUCAUUAUUUUUAAGGAUUGUUUAUUAAAUAAAUACAUUAAUUUAUUGCGAAAGAAGUUUUGUAAAUGGUUAAUAAUAAGAAAAAGUAAAAAAAGUAAUUUUAAAUAAUUAUUGAGGAAUGGAUAAUGCCACAAUUGUUGAAAGUGCAGUAAAUCGUUUCUUCUCAGCUGGAGAAAAUGAAGCACAUGUUUGGCUUUUGCAAGUACAAGAUUCGCCAGAAGCAUGGUCUUUUGUCUGGGAAUUAUUGGUACCAACGAAGUCGAAAGAAGUUCAAUUCUUUGCGGCAAAUACUUUACAUUCAAAAAUAUCACAACAGUGGACCGAAGUGCCAUGUGAAGAAUAUUUAGCCCUACAACAUAGAUUGCUCACUGUUAUGAAACAAUUAAAUGCAUCGAAUUUAGUUUUAUCGAAACUUUGUCAAGCGUUAGCAGCUUUUCUGAUCAAUUUGAAUAAAACAAAACAAGAGGAACGAGAGAAGGGUUUAGUUGGGAGUUUAAUAGAAAUUUUACCGCCAGAUUCUUUGGAGACAAUAGAAUUUCAUCUUAGAGUACUAAGUUAUUUACCUAAAGAGUUUGAAAGGAGAAAUGAAUUAAAAGGACCGAAGCGCGAUAUAAUAGUCAGUAAUUGGAGUAAAACAACUUGGAUUUUACAACAAGUCUUCACAACACUUGAUCAGUCUGCUUCUAGUAAUAAUAGUAAACUUUAUUUUUUGGGCUUGGAAUGUUUACUCUCAUGGCUUAAACUCGGUCAAUUGCCAGUUGAAACAACAGCUCAAAUUUAUCCCCAUUUAUUAACAGCUGCUGGACGUUAUCUUCCAAACCGUGAUGAUUUAGAAGAGGAUCAUAUAAAAGGUUGGGAAAUAAUUCAAGAAUGUUUAUCAAUGAUAUUGACACACACGGAACUUCAUAAAAGGCCACAAUUAUUUUGGGAAUGGUCAAGAAGUAUUGUACAAACGGCACGUGAACAUGGAGCGAGUUAUUAUUAUGAAAUAUUGUCAACAUUGGGCGAGGCAAAUAGUCGUACAUUAUUGUUGGCAUUGGCUAAUGAUUCAAAUGAAAUGCAAAAAUGGACUGCACAGCAGGUGGUUGAAAUUUUAUUGGAAUGUUCUGAGCAACCGGGUCGUUAUCCAUGCGAUGAGAAACGUAGUUGUAUUCCAUUUGGUUUUUGGUAUACAUUUCAAGAUGAUCUUGCCACAUUGGAUCAACCAGUCGAUAGUCAAGCAACAUUGGCACUUAGGCCUAUUUAUGCAAGAUUGGCGCAAGCACUAUUAAGAAAAGCCACAUUACCAUUGACGUCGCGUGAAGCUGGCGAUUCGGAUGAUCGUGAACUUUUGAGAUGUUAUCGACAAGACGCUGCUGAUACACUUAAUUAUUGUCAUAAUGUACUCAAGGAGGAUUUACUUUUACUUCUUGGACAGAGAUUGAGUCAGCCAUUUGAGGAGGUGGAAAAUUGGACACACGUGGAAUCAAGUUUACAUGCUUUUAACGCUUUAGCCGAUAAUGUUGGAACACAGGAGUCUCAAUAUGUGCCAGCUCUUAUGAAUAUUAUUUUCUCUUAUAUUCCCUAUGAGAAAUAUCCCGGAGAGGUUUUGGCUUGUGCUUGCACAACGAUUGGAGCGUACGCUGAAUGGUUUGGAGAACAUCCGACACCGUGGUUAGAGAGAUCGUUAAAAUUAAUUACAUUGGGUUUAUCGCAAAGCUCAGUGACAAUAUUAUCAGCGAGUAUGGCUCUUAAGGACAUAUCAAGAGAAUGUAGUGUACAACUUGCUCCAUUGGCGCCGUCAAUUUUAGACACAAUUGGCCAUUCGCUUCCAACAAUUGCUUCCGUGGGUGUUGAGGGUUUACGUCUCAUGUACGCUGCUGGAAAAUUAUUAAAUACUCUACCAACAUUGGAGCAACAAAUAUUUUAUCUAGACGCAACUUUAGGUCUCUGCGUAACGCGAUUACGUGAUUUAUUACAAAAUCCAGUGGCAACAUCACGUGUCGCUGUUUCAAAUCAAUUGAAAAUGGUUACCAUAUUCUUUUCAACAUUGGAAAGAUCAAUUGGUAAAACUGUUCUCGAUGGACUAUUGCCAAUAUUCAAGCAAAUUGUUGCACAUCCAGAAUGGAAUAAAGAUGACAUGACAUUGGAGGCAAUGCAUUCGUGUGCACAAAAAUCAUUGUCAUCGUUACCAUAUCCUGAGGAUGACGCUAAACCAUUAUUGGCAAUAUUGAGUAUGUCAUAUAAAAUAAAACCACAUCCAAUGGCAUUGAAUCUUUUGAGAAGUUUUGUAUUAUUAUUUGGUAGAGAUCCAAAUAAUACCGUUGGUCCAGUAUUUGCCGAGCUUAGUAGUAUUACAUUGGCGGGCGUUGUAACAUGUCAAUCGGUUGGUGGCAAUUUAUCCGAUCUCUCUGAUUUACUCGAAGCUUAUUUAGGAUUAUUGGCACAAAUUUGUAAAAAGAAUGCCACGCUAUUGCUUCAAAUUCCUGAUCAAGUUCCACAAAUGCUAAAAUGCGGAAUAACUUGUCUACUUCUACCGGAAACAGGAACGACAAAAGCCGCUGGUAGUUUUCUCACUCAUGCCAUAAUGCAAAGUCCACAUUUACAAACCUUUAUACAACCUGUAGGUCAGGAACUUGUUUGCGUUCUGUUACAGUGUAUUGCUGGAAGUGUACCAAGAAACAAUUUAGAAACCCAUGCUGAAGUUUUAUUGUCCCUAAAUAAAAUGUGCACUGAAUGGACGUCACAGUGGCUUCGAAAUGCUCUUGUUGAACAAGCAAUUCCUCAAAUUCCCCAGGCAUUAAAGGAGAAUUUAAUACGUAACAUUUUAAAAGAAAGGACCAGUAAAAGACGACUUUGCGAAACGUUGAAAGACUUUAGUUUACAGUGUCUUCAGCAUAAUGCCAGUAAUAAUCUUAGAAGCGCCAUACAAAUCUAAAAAAAAAAACCUCUUACUAUAAAUGACGAACAAAAUCUAAUUUUGCUAUUUGUUUCAUUUGAAAAUUUAUUUUGCCAUAUCAAUCAAUUUUAACAAAAUAUUUAGAAAAAAAAAGAAACUAAGAUAUUUUAAUCUUUUCACAACGAAAAUAUUGAAAACAGUGAUUUAUGAAAAUGUACCAAACUUUUAUUUAUUACAUAUAUAAAGAUAUUUUAAGCGUUAUUUUAUAUUUUCUGGAGUAUUAAAAAAAAGUAUAAUAAAAAGAGAUUAACUAAA